ACAAAACAAAUGUCAUAAAAUAAAAGAUAGGUUAUGUUCUUGAAUUUAUUAAAUUUUUCCUAAAUAAACAUACAAAAAAAUACUCGUUUAUAUCCAAUGUUCUUCGACUUACAUUGUCUUUAAACCAUAACCGAACAUGGCCAAUAGUGUCUUGACAAAGUUUGCCUCCCUAAGGCUAGUACCUGCCUUAUCAUUAACCUUACCAUGCCGCACAACUACAAGUAAGCACUGGAACCCUAAGUUUAAAAAGGAACGCAAAAAUAAGUUUAUGAAAUUCGAAAUACCUGAUUACAAUGAAGACAACAGCACUGUUCCACCUGAAAAGAUCCGUCAGAAGAUGAAGGAGCGCGGGUUCUUGCCUCCGCGGCCGUGGGCGGAGCGCCCAUUCUCCAUCUCCGCUACCGGCGGGACAUUUGAACCUUAUGUGCCCCCAGAGGGUGAUGGCAAAGCGUCACUAGCAUCAACCACUCGAGCCAAACAGACUGUGCAGCUAUUGGAGAAAAAGUCCAAGUCAAUGAUGGCCGUACGCAAAAUAAAAUCAUUUGAUGAGGAUUUCGACACAAAAGAGUUUGCUCUUGCGGCACAGCAGAUCUACAUCAAAGCUCAUGAAAGUUUAGCAAACAACGACAAGAGAGAGUUGCGUUUGCACGUCACUGAGAAGGCAUAUCCGGAGUUUCGUCAUAACUCGUAUGGUAAAACCAUACACUGGAAGUUCCUAGACUCGCUGGAGCCCCCAAGGGUUGUGCAUGCUCGCUGCACAGAUGUCAUCAGCAAAGAGAAUAUUUAUGGACAGGUGACAGUGCGGUUCCACACCAGGCAGCAACUAGCGGUGUACGACCGCUUUGGACGCCUUCUGCACGGCAGCGAAAUCCUAGCCAAAGAUGUCCUCGAAUAUGUAGUCUUUGAGAAACACCUGUCCAACAUCUAUGGAGUAUGGAGAAUCCAUGAUAAGAUCAUACCGGAUUGGACGCCUCCUAGAGACCCUAGCCGCUUGACCAGGGUGCAACCUGAGGAGCCAACGGAUGUGGGCCUGAUAGCAGAUAAAGAAGUAAAGGCGGAAGUGCCAGCUAAGGCAGAAUAAGUUAUUAGAGGAAUAAAGUGUUGUUGUAGAUAGUUAUAAAA